AUGGCACUCGACGCCAUGAUCGUACAAUCAUCUGCACUAUUUCAAUUUCGUAAAAUAAUAUCGCAAAGAAGUACAUGUUUUCCGUUGGUCCCGAAAGAUUACCCAGUAGAAAUAACAAAAGAAGAAAAACACCCAGACGGUCUGAUCCUAGAAGGAAAAUUUUUAACUCCGCUUGAAUUACACUUGCCCGGUAUAGUACCUAAAGCUGCUCAAGAUGCUCAUUUUCAAGUGGUUUUACCGAACAAGUGGACUGGGAGGACAAAGCCUAUGUGUAUUCAUUUAGCUGGAACCGGAGAUCAUUUUUUUUGGAGGCGUAGAAAUCUUAUUGCAAAGCCACUUCUGCGCGAGGCUAACAUUGGAGCUAUUAUAUUGGAAAAUCCCUUUUAUGGAACCAGGAAACCUGACAACCAAGUGCGUUCAAACUUGCACAAUGUCUCCGAUAUAUUUGUUAUGGGUGGCUGUUUGGUAUUAGAAUGUCUUGUGUUACUACAUUGGUGCGAAAGAAAUGGUUUCGGCCCGCUUGGAAUUACCGGCUUAUCUAUGGGUGGUCACAUGGCAUCAUUAGCAGCAACAAAUUGGCCUAAACCACUUGUGUUAGUUCCGUGUCUUUCAUGGUCUACAGCAGCAACAGUUUUUACAACGGGCGUAAUGAGCCAGUCUAUUAAUUGGGAUAUGUUGGAAACGCAAUACUACUCUGACGGAAAAUACCGCGAACGUUUGUCCAAAAUGGUCACUGUUAUUGAUGACGCUUUUACAGCUGGACAAACAUUUAUAAAAAAUUUCAAUCAAUCACUAAUUGAAUUAAAAAAAGAUAUAAAGUAUACACAAAUGAUGCAGAGUGACAAACUUUCAGGAAUUGAUGGCAAUGUGGAAAAACACGAGGUUGAUACUAAUUCGUUGACGAAGUUGAUGGAAUUGAUACUACCGAAGCCUAGUUCGGAAGAAAAGAUUGAUAUUACCAAAAUAAAUUGGUGGGAGCGAGAAGCAUUACAAUUUAUGAGAGGAAUGAUGGACGAGUGCACACAUUUAAAGAACUUUUCGGUUCCAAAGGAAACUUCUUUAAUAAUUGCAGUAUGUGCAAAAGACGACGCAUAUGUACCAAGAGAUGGAUGCACGAGCUUAGAAGAAAUAUGGCCAGGUGCUGAAAUAAGAUAUUUAGAUGCUGGUCAUGUGAGUGCUUAUGUUCUUCAUCAAAAGUUAUUUAGGUCGUGCAUUAUAGAAGCCUUUGAUAGAGCUAAAAAGAUGCAUAUAGACAACGAACAACAAAAUCUUGACCAAACUACAUACCAUCAGCUUUUAGAUAAAUAUAUGAAU